AAUCAGCAUCUUCCCCGCCCCCACAUUCGUCUUCGCCACCCCCACAUCCACCGUCUACCCUCGUCAUGGCUUCCAAAGAAUUGAAGCAAUUUUCCGCCGAGGACGUUGCACAACAUAAUAAAGAUGGUGACCUCUGGGUCAUCAUUGACGCAAAAGUCUUCGACCUCUCUCGCUUCAAAAACCUGCAUCCCGGAGGUGCGGCCGUUCUGCUUGAUGGUGAAAUUGCCGGGCAGGAUGCGACCGAUGCUUUCUAUGGUCUACAUCGCCAUGAGAUCCUUGAGCGCCCGCAGUAUGCGCGUCUCCAGAUUGGCACCAUCAAGGGCGAGUCGAGCGUGAUGCAAGCUCGCACUCCCGGCCAGCUCAGCAAGGUACCAUUCGCUGAGCCCACAUGGCUUUCUGAGGGAUACCAUAGCCCAUACUACAAAGAGAGUCACCGGCGUCUUCAGCAGGCAAUGCGCCAAUUGGUUGAUGACGUCAUCUAUCCUGAUGCCCAAGCCCGUGAGGAGGAUGGAAAGCGCCCAAGCCUGGAUGUCAUUCAUAAAAUGGCAGACUUGAAUAUCCACGCUAUGCGUAUGGGUCCCGGCAAGCAUCUGAAGGGUCUCACUCUUGUGAACGGUCUCAUCAAGCCGGAGGAAUUUGACUACUUCCACGAGCUCGUCGUCACGCAAGAAUUUGCUAGAGUCGGUGCUCGUGGCUAUGGAGAUGGUUUCAACUCUGGCGCCGUCAUCGGUCUUCCCCCGGUGCUCAACUUCGGUUCGCCCGAGUUGAAAGCACGCAUUGUCCCCGAUGUCUUGGCCGGCAAAAAGUUUAUCUGCCUCGCUAUCUCAGAGGCUUUUGCGGGCAGUGAUGUUAUGGGUCUGCAAACAUCGGCCACGAAAAGUGAAGAUGGCAAGCAUUGGAUCAUCAACGGUACCAAGAAAUGGAUCACCAACGGAACGUUUGCCGACUACUUCACUGUGGGCUGCAAAACCGAGGAUGGAUUCACCGUCAUCCUUGUUGAGCGUGGCGAGGGGGUCGAGACAAAAGCCAUUAAAACCAGCUACUCCUCCACCGCCGGAACUGCAUACAUCACCUUCGACAAUGCUAAGGCUCCUGUCGAGAACACCCUUGGUCCAGAGGGCGGAGGAAUUUUCGUCAUUCUCAGUAACUUCAACCACGAACGCUGGGUCAUGUGCUGCUCUUCGGCACGAAGCCAGCGCGCGAUCGUGGAAGAGUGUUUGAAGUGGGUCAACCAGCGUAAGGCAUUCGGCAAACCACUUUCAUCACAGGCUGUCAUUCGGAGCAAACUUGCGGCUAUGAUUGCCCGGGUGGAGAGUGUGCAAAGUUGGUUGGAGAAUAUCACGCACCAGAUGAACAACAUGUCAUACAAGGAGCAGUCGCAGAAGUUGGCUGGUCAAAUUGGUCUCUUGAAGAUGUACGCCACGCAAAGUGCACAAGAGACUGCGCGCGAUGCCGUCCAGAUCUUUGGUGGUCGCGGAAUCACGCGGACGGGUAUGGGCCGCUUUAUUGAGCAUUAUCACCGUACUGUCCCCUUCGAUGCAGUGCUCGGUGGAGCUGAAGACGUGCUUGGUGACCUUGGUGUGCGGCAGGCCAUGAGAAAUAUGCCAAAGAACGCUAGAUUAUGAGCUGGAUCCCCCAUUUUUAUGUAUCCUAUCCCUGAUGGGUAUUCUCCUGUAUAUUUAUUGCACUUUACUAGAUUCUGUUUCCCU